AUGACCAAAGCCACCGACAACACCGAAAGCACUGUCAGCAAAGACAGUCAAAGCACUGUAUUCCCUCCGGACAGCCGCAUCUCGGGCGUCUCUUCUAACGGCGCCAAACACAUGUGCUACUGUGCCAUGCACCUACAGCCCGGAGAAUCCGACCAACCCUCAUGGACCGGCGGAAAACCAAUGAUCAACAACAAAAGACACAGCGGGCGUAUCCACUUUAGCGACAGGGAAUCUACGAUAUUCGAAUUCCCAUGUUUGAGCACAGCAAUCAUCCUCAGUUUCCGAGAUGAUGAUCCAGCAGAAGACGAGAUGUUGGUAGGAAAUGUCACGAAGAGCAAGCUCGAUGAGAUGGGACUGUGGCCUACGUAUCGGGACGGCUUCAAGACUGUGACGGGCGUGGAAUGCGGCCUGCUCAUUCACGGCGAGUUUGAGAAUAUGUUUGAGGGCGAUCCUAUUAUGGAGAUCGAUCACUCGGUGUUGACCGACAGGCCAACGUUUGACGAUGCUUAUGACGACUUCUUUUCAAGCAACACUGUAAAGACGGAAUUAAGGGAUGAAUAUAUGUCAGGGGAAUUGUAG